GCAGGAAUUGAGGUUAUAAUUUUCUGGCAAACCCACAGAUCUAGGCUACAUGCACCAUUUUCACUGCUAUUGUAAUCAAGUAGUCAUGAAUACUUCCGGUUAAUUGUAGAUACAAAGAUCAAAGGCCUUUUUCAGCACCAUCGAGGAAAAUAUACAUAAUUUUGUUUGAUUAAUACCUGAGUCCAAGGAGACAGGAAAAUGGACAGCGGAGUGACAGUAAUAACCAAUCCCACGGUGAAUGUGCGCUUAACAAGCACCCUCUCCUCCUUCGAGGUGCAGCGCAGGUUCAACAGAGGGAUCAGUAUAGCAGAACUGAAGGGAAAGUUGGAGAUGAUUGUGGGUGCAUCAGCCUCCUGCAUGGACCUGGAGUUAUUCAGCAUAUCUGACAAGUUCCUACAAAAAAUGGAUGAGAAUGAAGCUCUGCUAGGAUCGUAUCCUGUGGAUGACGACUGCAGAAUACACGUUGUUGAUAGAAGUGGCGGGCAGAUGGGCGAAUUCACUGAUGUUUCCAAAGUGGAGAAAUUUGAGCUCCCAGAUGAUGCUUAUGAUAAGAGAACAGACACAGCCAGGUCAUUUAUGAAGAAGCAACGUGUGGGUCGCUACAAUGAGGAAGAAAUGGCCAAGAAGAAGGCGGAGAAUGCUGCACGGGAAGAGGAGCAGAAGGCUGCUGCCGAUGCCAUUGCUGUUGGCAGCCGCUGCAAAGUGCAGGUCCCCGGUCAGCCCACGAAGCUUGGCACAGUCAUGUAUGUUGGAACAACAGAUUUCAAGCCGGGCUACUGGGUGGGUAUGAAGUACGAUGAACCACUGGGCAAACACAAUGGAACUGUUGAAGGGAAGCAGUACUUUGAGUGCGAGAACAAAUACGGUGCGUUUGUGAAGCCCCUGAGUGUGACUGUGGGGGAUUUCCCUGAGGAGGACUACGGUUUAGACGAGAUGUAGGACUGCACAGUUUUCUGCCCCAACCUCGCACCUUUAUCCAUUCACCAAGCAGAGAAGAUGGCGCGUCAUUUUAGUGUGGCAAAUUAGAAUUGUUUUGCCUGUGCUUCUCUGGAAGGCAUGAUCCUAAAGCACUCUCUCAGUAACUUGACAGACUUUUGGGUUCUCGUACCAACAGGCAUUUCAUAAGGUUGGGGAUUUUUUUCUUUUUUUCUUUUUUGCAGCAAAAUGAAGGUUUCUGUUGUUUGUUCCUUACUACAAACACUUCUGUUCAAUUCAUAGCGCUUCCUGUAAUUGUACUUUAUUUUUGUUCUCAUGUUUAGUAAAUGUCAUUGUGUACAAAGAUUAUUGUAUAUAGCUGUUUAUAGUUAUCUGUAGUCUUUGCAUUUUUUGGGGGGUUUAAAGACUGAGUUGCUGGUAGGAAAAAUUCACCCACCCACACUUUGACACUAAGAUAAAAAGCGGCAUUGUGUUACUAACUUUGUAUAAGUGAGUUAAACCCGAGGUGCUUUUUCUUCCUGUCGUUUAAGAUUCUUGCUCGCUGGCAAAUUUAAUGUCUGACUCACAAGGAUUUUGGCAGAAGAGGAAGAAACAGUAAAUCCUAUCUCACCAGAUAUAUUUCCUACUCUUUUUUGUUGUACUUUGCAGUUAAAAAUUUCCUCAUAGACAAACCGUGCCUGAAAUUUUUGUGCCAAAGUGUGCAAGGGUCGAUAUUUUUCUUUUUUCUUUAAAAGUUAAAUUCGUUAUUUUUGUUUGGAAGUAGGAUGUGCAACAGAUUUUAGCUUUCAGAGCAAAGAUAAAAUGUAAUUUCCAUUUAUUUUUCUGUGACAUGAUUCUUCUUGUUAAACAUUAAAUUUGUGCACUUGAAUGUAUCAUGCGUGUGUUGAACCACUGGACUAAAAGAGCUUUCACAUUUAAAAUUUGAUGAGGCUCAGUUUUACUAUUUUCUUCACUGAGCAACCUGAGUUUACUUAAAGCUCCAGUCACACAAUAUGACUUCGAGCAACCGCUAAAUCACUGAAAUUCAACUUUUCAUUGGGUGGGUGGUUGGUGAUGGAGAAUGCAUUUUUUUUCUCUAGUGACCAGUGAUUGCUCACUUAUUGCUCAGCCUGAGCUCUACUGUAUAUAAAAUCUAAGCGUGAAUCCAAAAACUAUGAGUUUAUUCCAGUGAUUAGGUGAAACUUGUUACUCAAGUCUGAAACCUGAGAUGGAUUUUAUAUUGCAACAAAAAAACCCCAACA